CAAAGUCUGAAUUAAGCUAUGCUAGCCACCUUUGAGCUUUGAAGUACUACUACUUCAACUCGAAACCAAAGUGUAAUCCAGUACGGACAGGCGCACGGCUACCAGUGCUCUGCUACUCAAGAGUGAUAGCUAAAGAGGAUUAGGAUAUGGCCAGGUCCAUAGAGCCACUGGUGGUGGGAAAAGUGAUUGGAGAUGUGGUGGACAUGUUUAGCCCAGCUACUGAGUUCACUAUCCAUUAUGGCUCAAAACAGAUCAGUAAUGGCUACGAGAUCAAACCCUCUGCCGCCGUCGACAAGCCCAAGGCCCAGAUUCUUGGUCCUCGUAACCAAGCCAAUCUCUACACCUUAGUGAUGGUGGAUCCUGAUGCUCCAAGUCCUAGUGAACCAUCAUUGAGAGAGUGGCUCCAUUGGAUUGUUAUAGAUAUUCCAGAAGGGUUCGAGGCCACCAAAGGACAAGAAUUGGUGGAGUACAUGGGACCCCAACCACCAACUGGCAUUCACCGCUACGUGUUGGCGCUGUUCAGGCAGAGUGGAGGCAGCAUGGCCGGAGCCCCAGCGCCAGAGAUCCGCAGCAACUUUAGUACUCGCCAAUUCGCUGCCCACUACGGCCUUGGGCCUCCAGUUGCCGCACUAUAUUUCCAUUCACAGAAGGAGCCUGCUACUAAAAGACGUUGAUCAUCAUGGUCUUCUUUCACGUCAUGCUUCACUUAUUAUUCUCUCUAUAUAUACACACAUAAAUAUUUAUAGGUUUACAAGUUUGAUCGCCAGAGCAUACUUUGUUACUCGAUUGGAAAGUUGAUUUUCUUAGUGGUCAAAUGUUUUGUUGUUGUUUUGUUAAUUAGUGGAGCGAGCUUACUUAAUUGGGCUCUUGAGUCUUGUUGAGGUGACAAAAUAAUGUUCCAUUUUAAUCAAGACAUUUGUGGACUUUCCUUUUGAAUUUCUUUUGGAUGACGAACGAAGCACUAUAUUUGCCAGCUACAAAUGGCCAAAUGGGUUUAUUA